AUGACACGUAAUCAAGACGCGGGGCAUGUAGGUGUGAAGGAGAGCACGCAAAACACGCAGUACGAUCAGAUCGGGACAAAGUACAAUAGAAUUAAGACGUUGCCUGCUACUGAGGCGGAGGUGCCGUCUGUUGUUAGGGCUUUGGGUGAUAUUGUGGGGAAGAAAUGUCUUGACCUCGCCUGCGGCACAGGAAAAUACACCGCCCUCCUAUCCUCGCUAGGCGCCUCCACAGUCCACGGCUACGACAUAUCGCCCGCCAUGAUCGCAGGCGCAAAAGCCACCUACCCACCUGCACAAAACCCCAACUUGCACUUCGCCGUAGCAGACUGCAGUCUGCCCGACAUAUCACUACCGCACUCCUCUUCCCCCUCCGACAAUAACAAAACCGGAAAUUUCGACAUCGUCCUCGCAGUCUGGUUUCUAAACUACGCUGGCACUGAGACAGAGCUAACAAACAUGUUCCGCGUGAUAGAAAAGAACCUAGUAACCGGCGGGCGGUUCGUAGGGCUUACGACGAACGUCCACGAUCCGCAGAUGCAGCUGGAUAAACGGGACUUCUACGGCAUAGAUGUGCUGGUUUUGGAUGCGGCGUAUGUGGACCCUUCUAGCAGCUCAAGCGCGAACGAGGAGGUGCUGGGGGUCAAAAUGCGCGUGGUAGUCAAGGGAGAGAUGCCAUUUCAGUUCGACGUGUUUCAGUUUCGGAAAGAGGUUUAUGAGCGGUGUGCGGAGAGGGCGGGGUUGAAGUUGGCGUGGAAGGAAUUGGUCUUGCCUGAGGAUGAGAGGAGAGGGAAUGGGUAUUGGGAUUGGUUUGUGGAGAGGCCUACGUUUGUUAUUGUUGAAGCUGUGAGGGUGUAG